CUGUGAGGAACGCCGCCGUCGCCCUCCGGCCGCCGCAUCCGCGCCGCCCGACCUGGGAAGAGUCCCCGUUUUGCGGCCCUCGCACCGAGGAACACCUGUGGACAGGCCAUCUGAAUUAAUGGUGACUCAGGAAGUGCCACACAUAUCUAGAUGUCUUGAAGAAGCACAUUCAUUAGAUGAAUUCAGUACAACCUAUAAAGAAGUAUUUAACACUAAUAACAUGAAAAAGUCUGAAGUUUCUGGAGUCAUGGCUAAAGCUGACAUCAAACCAAAAUCUAUACAUCAUGCCAAAAAAUGGUCAGAUGAUGUAGAGAACUUAUACAGAUUUCAGCAAGCUGGAUACAGAGAUGAGUUUGAAUAUAAACAAGUAAAACAAGUUGACAUGGUAGAGUGUUGGCCAGAAACUGGGUUUGUUAAGAAACUUCAGAGAAGGGACAAUACGUUCUAUUAUUAUGAUAAGCAAAGAGAGUGCGAAGACGAAGAAGUCCAUAAAGUGAAAGUUUAUGUAUAUUAGUUUUGUUAUUGUUCUAAUUUGUUUGUGGUUUUUUAUAAAUCUGUUUGUUAGCAUCUGUAAGCAAAUGAGAUUGUAUAAUCUGACUUACCUUAAGUAUCGAUGUCAUUCUUGGAUAGAAGGAGGAAUACUGGAAAUGUAGAGAAGCCUGGAACUAUAGACAUAGGAAUUUCAUUUUUUUCUUGCUAUAAACAAAAGUCUUAUUAUCCCUCAUUUUCCUAGUUACAAAUGUUUUGACAUAAAAAUAAAAAGCUGGUAAAUGGGCAUCAUUUAUUUGGUUUAACUGUGUGUAAAUUCCAUCAUAAGUACAAGCACCAAUCUUUACUCAAAACACUGGCUAAUGUCAGCCAUGGUCUCUUGGUGUAGCUAAGGGUUAUGAGACUACAAAGGGCCAAAGUAAGGCCAAAAUGCUAACUGAAGUUCCUUUGGAGAAUAGCAAGAAUAACAAGCAAAUAAUUUAGUGAAGGACACCGAGUGAUCAAGUAGCAAGUACCAGUGCUGAGCUGCAGAUUUGAAAAAUGAUUAUUGUGAUAGAAACAGUCACAACAAAAAUGUCUUUCUGAGCAAUAGGUAAGGUAUCCCCAACGUAUUUUUGUCAGGUGCAAGUAUUAACUACUUGAGGAGGAAGUAUUAAUUGACUUGGUAGCAUAUGCCUUUUUAUGGAGGGGUGGAAAAAAAGAUUGUGGAUUUACAUACGGUGGAGUCACUACAAAACUGCAGAGAGAACAUGAAAUCCAUAGUAUGUAAUAUUUAAGGUUAGGUAACUUACAUGGAUGAUACGUGGGAUUUCUGGGCAGAAUUCAUCUCAUCUAACUUCAAAUGUCACAUUGUCAGCAUCUACACCUGAUCUUGUCAUUUGGACACCCUUUGUUCUGAAUGGAGAAAAGCUGGCUCUUCUGGGCACAAUUAAUUUCUUCUAAAUGUAGGUUUGUAACAUUUGCUUUGAACACGUUGCUGUGACAUCAGGUCUGCAGAAGCUGUCCACAUGACUGCCACUCUGAGACACCCGGGAAACGCAAGGUACCAUGCUUACCUUCACUCAUUAGGGAAUUUGAAUAAAAUGUUUUAAGAUGCCAAAACUCUAGAUAAUUGACCAGUAGAACAGAUUAUCGUUAAGUAAACCAGUAGGUGCGUUCAUGGUAGUUACAGAAAAAAUGUUACUAAUAUCUCCUGUCUCUAGACUGUAAACCAAGGGAUAUCUAAACUAAGUUUUAGGCAUGGAUUAGCGGUGUACAGUUGACCAUCUGUCUUACAGAUAUUCUUCCUUCAUUUGAACCUAAGAUGGUGGCCAACUCAAGAUGUGAAAUAGAGGAUUUACAGCUCCAAGUCAAAAUAAGUAGUAUGGAUGCAAUAUUCAAAAGAUCUCAUUGACAAUAGGUGACGAUGAUCUAGUCAUCUUAUUUAGACUGCUUGGAAAUUUUUAGCUUAAAUUUGUAUGAGCUCUGUUAGAGAAAUGACUGAAAGUUACUCAGAAGAAACUGUGAAACUUUUUUAUUCCAGGAAGGUCUUAAUGGCAUAUAAAUAGAGAGUUACUGCAAUGACAGAAAUAAAGUAUUGCUACAAUAAAUUUCACUUCAGAUUUUCAUUAUGAUUUCUUUUUUAUUUGGAUUGCUCUGAAUGUACUUUUUAAGAGAGAACUUUUUGCAUACUUUGCAAUCAAACAAUGGGAACAGAACAAUUAUGAGGAUAACCCAUCUAUUUUGUCAUUUUAAGAUAGUGGAUCUCACUCUGUUAACUUCAUAGUUUCCUAAAAAAGAAAUCUUCCAGUGGACAUGAAAAAAGCCUUAAAAAACUUCACAAACAUAGAUGUGUUGUAUAGCCAACUCAAAUUUAUUGACAGAAAUUAUUGCUAUCAGCACACACAGAAUAAGUGAGAAUGUUUGGUACAGCCAUUUUCUCAGUCUAUAGAAAAAGACGUAGUUGGGCACUCAAGAACAGGAUUUAAAACUGCAGGUAACUUUUUAGAGCUUAACUUUUUUUUAAAGAAAGACUUUUAAAAAUUGAAACAAAUGUAAAAGAUUAUUCUGAGCAUCCCUUAUUUUACCUGACUACACCUCAUUGUUUUUGCAAUACUGCCGGAUGCUUUCUCUCUUCUAUUAUGUUUUAAAACAAUGAGUGUGCAUUUCAUACCGCCCACGGAGAUUUCUUUUCAUUUCA